ACCCAUUCUUUCAUUCGGUUGGGAGACAAAGUGCGGCGUUUUCAUGGGCCUUGUGGAUAUCUUGCCUUUUCGCAGCUUCUACAAUAGGCAGUUUACAAAUGGUUGUUUUGUUGUAAGCUAGUAUUUAUUUGAUCGCGCAAUUCCAAAAUUGCAGUAGGAAAACCAACUGCCACUGUAGGCCAAGCUUUAUCUGGAUUGCUGUAUUUAACACGUUUCUUUUAACCAGUCAGUUUGCUCUGGUCGCCUGAGUCAAUUGUUCGCGACUCGACAUCUGUUUUACACCAGUUUUAAGAGGUUUCAUUUGGUGGGUUAUUAUUAUUUUUUUAAAUAUUAGGCCUACUUUUAAAUUUCGAAUCAGCAUUUUUGUUUUACAAUGGCGACCGCAACUUCAACUCCGGCCGGGCAAAGAAUAAGCUCCCGCACUGCCGGCAGUACUCCUCUGAGCCCCACGAGGAUAUCCCGGCUGCAAGAGAAAGAAGAGCUCUGCAACCUGAACGACCGACUGGCCAUUUACAUCGACAAAGUCCGAAGUCUUGAAUCCGAGAAUAGCGUUCUGCAUCUGCAAAUCAGCGAGAAAGAAGAAGUCAGGAGCCGGGAGCUUACGGGUUUGAAAUCACUGUACGAAACCGAGCUCGCGGACGCCAGGAGAUCCCUCGAUGACACGGCUAGGGACCGCGCGAGGCUGCAGAUCGAAUUGGGAAAGAUCAAAUCCGAGCAUGAGCAGUUACUACAGACUCACGCCAAGAAGGACGCAGACCUCUCCGGCACCCAGGCCCGGCUGAGGGACCUGGAGGCGCUGCUCAACUCCAAAGAUGCAGCUCUGUCCACCGCACUGUCCGAGAGGAAGGCCCUGGAGGCGGCCGUGGCUGACCUGCAAGCCCAGGUCCAGGAGCUGGAUGCAGGCUUGAUCGCAGCCAAGAAGCAGCUGGGCGACGAGACUCUGCUCCGCGUGGACCUGGAGAACCGCUGCCAGAGCCUGAUGGAGGACCUGGACUUCCGCAAGAACAUGUUUGAGGAGGAGAUAAAGGACACUCGCCGCAGCCUCGAGACGCGUAUGGUGGAGGUGGACUCUGGCCGGCAGGUGGAGUACGAGUUCAAGCUGCAGCAGGCCCUGAUGGACAUGCGCCAGCAGCAGGAGGACCAGCUCAAGCUCUACAGAGAAGAGAUGGAGUCAACCUACGUGGCCAAGCUGGAGAACGUGCGUCUGUCGUCGGAGAUGAACAGCAGCGCUGCCAGCAUGGCCCGCGAGGAGCUGAAGGAGUCGGCGCUCCGCGUGGAGAGCCUCGCCGCCCAGAUGGCCAGCAUGCAGAAGGAGUCUCGUGGCUGGCAGGAUCGCAUCAGCGAGCUGGAGUCAGCCCUGGCCAAUGAGCGUGACACCAGCCGACGACUGCUGUCCGAAAAGGAGCGUGAGAUCGCCGACAUCCGUGCCAAGAUGCAGCUGCAGCUGGACGAGUACGAGCAGCUACUGGACGUUAAGCUGGCCCUCGACAUGGAGAUCAAUGCCUACCGCAAGCUCCUGGAGGGAGAGGAGGAGAGGCUGAAGCUCUCCCCUAGCCCAUCGUCUCGCGUGACUGUGUCGCGGGCGUCCUCAUCGCGGAGCGUGCGCACCACGCGGGGCAAGAGGAAGCGCGUGGAUGUGGAGGAGUCUGAAGCCAGCAGCUCGGUCAGCAUCGCCCACUCGGCCUCGGCCACUGGCAACGUCUGCUUUGACGAGCUGGACGUGGACGGCAAAUUUGUCCGUCUGCAAAACGCCUCCGAAGAGGACCAGGCCAUGGUGGGGUACGAGAUGACCAGAGUGAUCGGCGACACCUCGGCCACCUACAAAUUCACCCCCAAAUACGUCCUCAAGGCUGGGCAAAAAGUCACUAUCUGGGCCUCCAAUGCUGGCGUGAGCUCCAACCCCCCCACCGACCUCGUCUGGAAGAGCCAGAGCUCCUGGGGCACCGGGGAGGACGUGAAGGUCGUGCUGACUGACCCUCAGGGAGAGGAGGUGGCUGUGAGGAGUACAGUGUUCAAGACAGCCAGUGCUGAAGAGGAGGAAGAGGAGGAUGAAGACUACGACGAUGAGGACGGUGUGGAGGUAAUGGAGGAAGAUCUCUUCCACCAGCAGGGAGAUCCCCAUCCUGCCAAGAGAGGUUGCUCUAUCAUGUAAUCUCAUCCAACCACCUCCAGACCGCUCACCUCAUCCUCCAACAACUUGUCACUGCCAGCUGCCAACCCUACCAUCACAGAACUAUUUUUAUACCUUUUUAGUGAUUGUAAAAACAAACAAAAACAAUUUUUUUUCUUAGGUUUAUUUUUUGGUGACACAGUACAUUUUUAUUUUUAUGCAACUCAUGAUUUCACAGUACUGGGCUUUGUAUGAACCAAAUUAUAAUUUCUAUAAUUAUUAUUAAUAAUAUGUUUGUUUUAUCAGAGGGGAGGACUUUUUUUGUAGCACAACAAAUUGGAACAUCUGUGACCAGAGGCAGCUUUGUGAAAUUGUCAGUUCCUUCAGGUGCUGUGACUAAAAAACACUUCUCAGUAUCUCUACUCUCUAUUUCUACUCUUAUGAAGAAAUUUAGGAUUUUAAAGCCUUUUUCUAGAAAGUGUUGAUUUUUUUUAUAGGAGCUUCUUUCUCUCUCUGAUAGUCUUAGAAGGUUAAGAUGGAAAUAUAGGCUGUAUUUUACAUGCAUGCGAGUGUAAAGAGAAUAAAGAUUAAAGUUUGUAAAGUGUUUUUUUUUUUUUUUUUUUUUUAUUAUUAUUAUUAUUAUUAUUAUUAUUAUUAUUAUUAUACCUACCGGUAAUUGGUUGAUACUCCAUCUUAACAAAAGACAACUGUGGCCUACUGGUUUGGGUAUUGGACUUGUGAAGGUGGCCGGUUCGAUCCCUGACUAGUAGGAAAAAUGUGGGUGGGGGGAGUGAUUGGACAGCGCUCUUCCACAUCCACAACUACAGAUGAGGUGCCCUUAAAGCAAGGCACCUAACCCCCCCCCCCAACUGCUCCCCGGGUGCCGGAUCAGGGGCUGCCCACUGCUUUGGGUGUGUAUGUGUGCUCGUAGUGAGCUCACUGCUCGGACUGUGUGUGCCCCCGAAUGGGUGAAAUGCAGAGAACAAAUUUCUAGUAGGAACUUCCUACAUGACCAUACAGUCUAACUUAACAAAGAUCUACAGCGUUAAGCAUUUUUGUUUGUUUUGUUUUUGAGGACAGCGAAAUUGAUUGUCUUAUAAACACAAACCACUAGUUACCAAUGUGACGUCUGUGUUGUAGGACCUCCCGUGCAGAUGAACAUAAACCCCUCAUCUUUUGGCACAAUAACUACAGGGAACACCAAUGGAAUAUGGAAUAUGCCUAAAUUAAUAAGUCAUGUGUACCACAGACCUGCAGAUAGUACUGUAUAUCUAUAAUGGUCAUGAAGACUAAAAGCAUGUUUUAUUAAUUUCUUUCUUUUUCAUUUGAUAAUCAUUGUCAUACUCCACUGUACUGGGCUGAAGGGACCCUCCUUAGGGUUUGGCAGGGUUUCUAGCAGACCCAAAGUUUGUAGCUCCUGUUAAAUAUGAUUUCAGUAGGUAAACCUAUGGAGUUUUCUAGUCUACUCUGAAAGAGUUCCAUAACUGGACUCAAACCUGUACCUACACUGUCGACUCCAAAUUCUGAAUUUACUGUCAGCAACUGGUGUAACACUACAAAAUAAUCAGUCUUCUUGUGCAGUUGUGAAUGGGGAUGGACUGUAUGCAAUACACUAAGGAAGCUGAUUCUAAUGUCUCCUUUAUGUCGAAGUACCCCCUUUGACUGGAGAUUUCUGAAAAUGUGAUUGCCUAUUUGUCUUACACAAACCGCCGCAUUGUAUUCCUUAUGCCUAUUGGAUUGAAAGAUAACCAUUGUAUUAGGUCUGUGGGUUUUUGUCAGGGUGUCAGUUAACUUGCAUGCAUUUUAUUUUUGAGUUGCUGUAACCUUAACAUUUAAAAUUUUAAAUAAACUAUUGAUUUGUUGUAUUUUC